GACAUUUUAAAAAAAAUACACAACUAGCCGCUCACGGCUAACAGGGCUCGCGAAGGUGCGAGCGCACUGCGCCAAAACACGUUCAAAUUCCUCCUAAGUUUUAAAGAAGUGUAGUAUUUUUAUCAGUGCAUUGUUUGUACGUCGUAAAUUACAUAAACUACACAAUACUGAAGAUGUCGAAAAGUCUGACGUUGGGAAAAGAAGAAUAUAACUGACGCCGCGGUGAGUUCCUGUCCAGGCGCAUUGGUCCAUGUUUGUUGGACCUUUGGGCUCUGGGCUCAACUAGCAUGAAGAUGGCUGAUUCAGAGAAGGCAGAGGAAUUUGUUGAUGCCGAGUGCCCCCUAGAGUGCCUUGAUGAAGCACAAUCAGCCACGGCUUCUGUUCAGGGAGAGCAGGAUGAGCAUCUGAAAACAGAGACCACCACCAGUACCAGCUCACCGCCAAGGGAAAAGGAGGGAGACAGCCCCUUGAAUACAGAGGGUGAGCAGAGUCUCCUCUCUAUGCCAUGCCUGAUGAAAGAGCUCCGCCGAGACUCCCCAGAGUCCCAGCAUGCCUCCACAGGGAUCGACAAGCCUGCAUCCCGACAUAUCUAUGAGAGUGACUCCUCAAACCCCUGCAUGCUCUCCCCCUCAUCCAGCGGCCACCUGGCUGACUCAGACACACUCUCCUCAGGAGAAGAAGGUGCUGCUCCUCCUGUUGGAGAAGACGAGGGCAAUAUGGAGGCAUCAAAUGAUCCAGAGGAAGCAGCAGGAAGGCAAGCAUCUGCCACGUCCACAGGGGGGAGAAAGUCCCGGCGGUCACGAUCAGAGAGCGAGAUGCCUCCUAAUGCAAUGGCUGCAAAGAAAAACCGCUGCCAGCCCACUGCGGCCGCAGCGGGAGGGCAGGAAAAACAAACCAAUGGCAAGCUGGGGAAAGUGAAAGGUCACCGGAGCCAGAAACACAAGGAGCGAAUGCGAUUGCUGAGGCAAAAACGAGAAGCGGCAGCGCGGAAGAAGUAUAACCUGCUGCAGGACAGCAGUACAAGCGACAGCGAGCUCACAUGUGACUCCAGCACCAGCUCCUCUGAGGAUGACGACGAUGACACUUCGGGAGGUAGCAAGACAAUCAAGACAGAUAUUUCAGCUGGCUUCAGACGUGCAUCGGAGAGAUCCAGAGUGGGCGCCCAGAUUCAUGGGCUGCUGGACAGCAGUACGUGGGACAGGAACGGCAUCGGCAGUGUCCUGGAGGAGGCCAUGACGCGCUUUGCUGUGAUGCAGCGCCAGACCGAGGAGCGCUUCCGCAUCUGGAUGGAAAAGCUUGCACACCUCGACUCGGACAACGACUCGUCCAAACGUUCAAGCGACGCCCUCGAGGGGCAGCAGCAGGGUGGACGCUUGUCCCCACCCAGUUCCUAUUUGCCAUCAUCGGAGUCCGCUGAGACUAUGGCUGCUUACAUGCUGGCUCGGGAGAACAACAGUCUCACACCCACCCCCAUGAACAACAACAUCCUACCUGAAGUGGCCACUCAGAAUGGAAAUCUAAAUGUUCCUGACCCUGGUCUCCUGAAUGUUUAGAUUACACCUCUGCUCCAAUCGUCACUGUUUCAGACUUUGUCUUCUUGAGUGUAGAUGUAGUUUCAGAGGUCAUGACAAUGGGUAUUAUAGAUAAAUGAUGUGAGGUCUCCAAUCGGAUACACCCCUAAACGUCAGCUGGGCUGGAGCCACUCAGCUAAACUGGACUCUGUGCAUCUGCUGACACUGGAUCACUGUGAGACUGUCUGAAUAUUUCAACUCACCUGUUUCAUUUCUGCUGAAUCUGAGACAUGGACACAGGCCAAAUCUCUACAGACUCUUGAGUCAGGGCUUUUAUUCUACUGCUAAUGUAUGGCUUGUUUAUUUUACGUAAGCAGCUGUGCAUACAUACACUCACUGAGUAGCUGAUUAUGUCAUUCAUAGAGGAUGUGUAUAACAGCACGGUGCAGCCAUCAUGAUAGUGCUAACGUGGGGUGCUGCUGCUUAAUAGCAUGUGCCUUGUCAUUCUGACUGUGCUGGGAAUGAUAAAUAGAGCAUCAUAGUACUAUUUCUUUAAAAAUGUAGAUUCCACUCCUUACUUAAUCCUUCCUUCUCCUGGGCUAUGUUUGCACUUUGCUUAGAAAUGGUUCAGGACUUUUAAAAUGCCGUGGCAAAUUUUAUUUUGGUGGCAUAGCUUUACUAACAUCUAAACAUUUUAAACAGAUUUGCCUAUACAUAUAAAAGCAAAAUGCUAACCAACAAAUUUCUUGUUUUGAAUAUAUUUAGAUUAGAUGUUUACAUUUUUAAUGUUUGCCUUUCUGUUACAUUUGCUGCUAUUGCUGCGUUUGUGCAGUAAGAAGAAACUAGUGAGGGAGGAGUGACUCCUAAUGGUUAUUUGUAGUAGCCUUUGUGUAGAUUAUUGACAUCUGAUAAGGCAUGGGCUCAUAUGUUGUAGCUGUUAGCUUCAAUGUUAAGAGCCUCUAAUUUCUACUUGUAUAAUAUCUGCCUAGUUUAUAUUUUAUUUGCACUGGCCUGCCAGCUUGGCCUGUCUCUGCAGCGUGACUUUAAACUAAAGAACCCAGGCAUCAAACUAACAAAUACCCCGCAGUAAUACCAGCUGUGGUAUGGUGCAUGGCAAUGUUUACUGACUUCCUAAAAACUGACUGAUCUGAGCGAUCAUGUGGCCUUCUCUGGUUCAGAUCCUGUGGUCUUUGAGGUGGAAACACCCCUCCUCAACCCCCGUCCUCAAACUACUUUUGCUAAAGUGGGUGACUAUAGAGUCAUAACACUGCUAACAGCUUCCAGACAGGAUGAAGAAGUCUUUGGCCUAAUCAUAUUUAUAGUUAGGAUGUUUAAAAAAAGUGUCACAUUUUUGUGUGUGUAUAUGUAGCCCUAUGACUGUCAGUUUUAUCAUGUGAAAGCUGGAAGCUUUCCCACCUGUUUGCAUGUGAUUAUAUUAGUAUACAGAAUGUGCAAGGCCAAUUGAGUUUCAUCAGCAGCAUGUGUGCAAGGUGUACCUUUGCUUAUGCUGAUUCACCAUGGCUAACCUGACAUUUUAUCUGUUUAAUUGCCUUUCUUGGCCUUCUCUCUUGUUUUGAAUUAUGUUUUUUUUUUUUUUUUUUUUUUUAAUCAUGUUGCAUAAUUAAUAGGGCUUCCCCGUAAAUGUCAGUGACAAGAAUCAUAAGUCAAGAGGACCCCAAGUUGACUCUCAUAUUGUCAGUCAAAUCCGUACAUUUUCUGCCAUAUUACACAGAACAGACAAAAGCUGGGCAUGCUUGAAACUAGGGCUGUUGAAAGAUUCUAAUUUUUAAUUGCAGUUAAUAUGAGAAUUUCUGUAGUUAAUUGCAAUUAAUUGAAUACCUUUUAUUGCCUUUUUAAAUUCCCCUAUGUUGUGUCAAUUUAGACUUUUCUACCGCCUUAAACUAAGAGUAAUUGACUUCCUGUUAGACACAGACCUGCUUUUAUAGAUAGAUUGAAGAUUUGAACAUGAACUUAACUAUGGAAAAGGAACUUGUUAUGGAUUGAAAAGGAAAUAAGGGACCAGUCAAAAAAGUAAACGUUUGAAAACACAUGAUGCAGAUGACUAGACUUGUCCACUGAGAUGUCUGAGACAUUAAAGAGCAGUAGUGGACUUGUUUUACAUUACUUUGGCUGGAGUGGCUCAACCAGAGUGUGUUGAAAGGGACAAAAAAUAGUUGAUUGCAAUUAAUGUGAUUAAUCUUCUCAGCCCUAUUUUAAACUUCACAAAAUAAACCUCAAAGAAAAAACGAUCUAAGAUAAAGCCAUCAGGCAGUACAAAAAGGAAAAAACUCUUCCAAGCCAAGUUUACUAUUAGUAGAUUCUUCAUAAGGUGUUAGCAGGAUCUUUAUUAUUUGAAGAGGUCUUCUACGCUGUAAAAGAUCAGAAACAACAUUAAAAGUAAUACCUGUAAAAAAAAAAAGAGAACAUAUUCCUAGUCAAAACUGGAAUGGAAGUGUUCAAAUGACUUAUAAAUGUGCCUAUUACACAAGACCUAGGUUGGCCUAUACAGGAGUGUGGUGUGGCAAUUUAACAGCAAAAAAAAAGAAAACAGAUUUGACUGACUUAAGUCUGAGUCUAGUGCAGUCCUAGUCACAUUGCUAUUUCAGUUAAAAUGGAUCCAAUGACUACUAUCUUGCAUGUGUUAAAAUUGAAUUUACUUUAAAUCACCUGUUGUGUCAACAUGUUAAAGUGAACCCUUACAAACACACACACUGUGUGCAUUAGAAAUAACACUAAGGACAGUCAAUUGUUUACCAAAGAGCUAUCCUGGUUUACAUGAGUCCUUUUUUCUAUCUCUAAUACAUGGCCUUUAAAUCAGUUUCUCUGGUAACCCUGGUACCUUCCUAUUCCACCCCAACCAGCUAUUCAUAGGCAGCCUUCUGUCAUAGUACAUGCUGUCCCGACCAACCCUCCCUCACACUCACUCACUCACACACCCAUAGACACGACUGGGUAGCUGUGUUAGUGUGUGUCUUUCUCCCAGGGACUCCUUUUACAGGGUAGAACAAAGAUUAAUGUUCCAGCUCUUCCACUUCUUUCUGUUUUGACCUUUGAAUUAUCUGACAAAAUUCCAUUCACAGGUUAAGAUCAUUUUGAAAUGUUUUGUAUUGACUGUAUUUUAGUGUAGUUUUUAUGUGAAUGGCUGUUAUUUUAAAAGCAAUAAAUGGAAAGAAAAAAAAACUGCUGCAAAAGAUUUAUUGGUAUGAACACUUACUGUAGAAAAGCCUCACUAGUUUGGCUUUGAAAAUGUUUGUCAUGUUUUAUUGCCAUCAAAUUGAAAGAGCCAUAAUCUUAAUUUGUAUCUGGGGGAAUACAUGUUUCCUUGUGGAUAGUUCUGUUGAAGCUGCAGCUAGCUGGGUAUGGAUUCCAAACAGUCCUAUUCCCAGGCAUGAUUUGAAUAAUA